ACCCCGAGAUGGAAUCCGUAGGCCGGCAGACGGGGUGCUUUAAAUGGAUCAGAUACGAGACGCACCGUUCACAUUAGCGUUGAUAACCGCGAGUUGGCGUCACAAAUGUUUCUCUUCUCCUUUGUGCCUCUACUUUGGGCUUUGUCCGCCAAGGCAGACUUAUUUCCCUUCGACAGCAUUUCCAACGCGUCCACCUACUAUUUUAAUUACAUUUAUUGCAAUAUAUGGGAGGGGGAGUGUCAGCCAAACCAAGACGAUGCUACCCAGCAAGUGCCCACAGGAGACAUCUGGGCAGGUUUUCCACAGGACUACAUCAGUCUGCUCCACCAGUGGUACUGCAGACUGGGCCAGUGCUGUGACUCCGGGGACUGCAGGAUAACCAACAAUAUCACUGGCUUGGCCAGGGAUCUACAACUAAAGCUCCACGGGCAGCACCUGGCCCAGACUGUGGUUCUGAAGGGUGUCCAGGGUUUUAUCAACAACCCUGAGUCCAAUAAACCUCUGACUCUCUCCUUCCACGGCUGGUCGGGCACUGGGAAGAACUUUGUGGCUCGGAUCGUGGCUGAUAAUCUUUACCGGGAUGGUGUGAAGAGCGAGUGUGUCCGUCUGUUCAUCGCCCCCUUUCACUUUCCCCAUGCUAGACUGGUGGACACGUACAAGGGCCAGCUGAGGGAGGCUAUCCGAGACAUGGUGCUGCGUUGUCCUCAGACACUCUUCAUCUUCGAUGAGGCAGAGAAGCUCCACCCAGGGCUGAUUGAUGCCAUCAAGCCCUACAUGGAUCACUAUGACAAUGUAGACGGUGUCAGCUACCGUAGAGCCAUCUUCCUUUUCCUCAGUAACAUUGGUGGAGCAACAAUCAACGAUGUGGCGUUGGACUUCUGGCACUCUGGACAGAACCGAGAGGACAUUGGCAUGGAGGACCUAGAGCAUCGGCUUCGUGCAGAGGCCAUGGAGUCUCAGGGUGGGUUUGCUCAGAGUGAGCUUAUGUCUGGUCAUCUCAUCGACUUUUUUGUGCCCUUCCUGCCUCUGGAGUAUCGCCACAUCAAGCUCUGUGCACGAGACGCCUUUGCUGCGCGAGGUCUGGAGCCCGAUGAGGGUACCCUGGAUGAGGUUGCCAAGGCAAUGCUGUAUGUGCCCAAAGAAGAGAGACUGUUCUCGGCACAGGGCUGUAAGUCCAUUCCCCAAAGGAUCAACUUCUUUCUCCCUUAGCAGGAGAGAUAACCUGGAGGACAUUGAGAUUGCUUUACCAGCCUAUGUGCAUACAGCGCCACUGUGGAGUUUUGCUUUCCACUCUAUUCUCAGCUCCGACCCCCCCCCCCCAUUCCCAUUCCCAUUCCCACACCCCACCCUGCCUGAGGACUAUAAGAGAACCACAUACGGUGUGUAUCUGUCCUGGUUUCACAGAAGGCCAGAGAGCGGGGCUAUCCCGGUGUCAUGGGAAAACCAGCAUGUCCCCAUUCUGCAGACGUGGACACUGGUGCACAUGUCGGGCAUGUACAUGUCGGCUGGUCGUUGUGAGCAGUAUGGCUCCCCCCCCCCCCUCACCACACACACACACCUCACUUGUCUGUACAGAACCUAUGCACUGCCAAGAUGGAAAGAUGGAUGUGAUGGCAUUAGAAGUCACAGCCAAUCGGGAAAUGAAAGGAAGCGGCAAAGGCAUUUUGAUAUUGUGUUUAACAUCCUCUUCCCCUGCAUCAAGUCUGAGAUGCACUGUUUUGUUUUGUUUUUUUAAAUUUUUUUUAAGUUUGGCCAAGAGACGUUUUAGUAUAUAGAUUCUAGCAGAUUGCUGUCAUGGGGUCACACAUAGUUCUUGUUUGGCAUUAAUUAUUUAUUUACUUUGGUAGCCAUACCUGAACAUAUUAUUGUGCCAAGAUGACUUAAUUGUGACUGUUCAUUGUAAGCAAAGGUUAGUGUGCUUUUGUUGUGUUGUGUAAAGGCAAACUCAGACAUUGCCUUUUUAUGGCCAAAAUAAUGGGAAAAAAAGGUAGUGUGAUGGUAUAAACCAAACUAAAGGCACUGUCCCUGAUGCAGAAAUUGUUACUGGAGAACAGUUGAGUUGGAAGAAUUUGAAUCACAUGUUGGUUCAAAUGAACCCAUUUGAAAGCUGUCUUGUUAAGUUCACAUUUUAAGUGCUUUAAACCAUUCUUUCGGUUGGUAUUACGUUUCACUCAGUCUCAUCACUUUGAGAAAUGUCUGAUACACAUCGUCAAUACAUAUUUGUGUCAAAGUUCCUUUCUAUAUCAAUGCAUAGUCCAGUUUACAAAAUGAAAUUGAUUUCCCAUCCAGACAUUUAUUUAUUGUCUUUGUCCUCACUUUUUCAGACACCCGAACACAUGUGUGUUUUGAUUUGCAUUCCUGAUCCUGAGAUUUAAUCUGUUGAUCAGGCGUCAGGCAAUAAAAUCACAAGUAGAACACAAUGGAAAAGGAGUCUCACUA